AUGGCUCGCGAAAGAGAACAAGCACAUCCAGUUACAUUUGGCAACAAGAUGGUGAAAGUUGCAGUUGCUGGCGGCACCGGCGACGUCGGACGAACCAUUGUCGAGGUCCUCAAAGACAAUCCACGGCAUGAAGCGGUUGUCUUUACUCGAAGAGCAACAGGAAACCUCCUCGGCGUGCCAUCUGUCAUCGUUGAUUACUCGGAUGUCAACAGCCUACGACACAUCCUGGAGGAGCAACAGAUCCACACCGUCAUAUCAGCCCUCGGCUACGACGGCGAUGCGCUCAGCACAGCGCAACUUAAUCUGAUUCGAGCCGCGGAUGCAUCGAGCUCAACGCAGCGUUUCGCACCAAGCGCUUUCGCCUGUGCAUAUACUCCUGAUAUGAUCGACACACUCCCCGCGCUGGACGAUUACUUCCGGGCAGUCGACGAACUCAAGAGCUCAAGUCUCCAGUGGACGAUCUUCAUGAAUGGUUACUUUAUGGAUUAUCUCGCGCCCGGGAAGAUCAAGUCUUAUCUCAGGCCUUUACCGUCGGUCAUUGAUAUUGAGAACAAGAUAGCAGCUGUACCGGGUAAUGGGGACGUGCCGAUAACGUUUACGUAUUCGUUCGAUGCCGCGAGGUUUGUCGUUGCGUCUUUGGAUGCUGAGGAGUGGCCGGAGGAGAGCAGAAUGGCUGGUGAUGUAGCGACCUGGAAUAGUUUGGUUUCGUUGGCGGAGGAAAUCUCAGGAUCUCAGUUCCAGGUUCUCCGCGAUGAUAUCGAGAAGCUGCAGCGGGGCGAAGUCACCGAACUCCCAAUCCAUGCUCUCGCCUACGAGCACAUGUCGAAGAGGGCCUUCCAGGCAUUCAGUGCGGCGUCCAGCUUGUGGACUCAAGAUCCAAAGAUCAUGCAUAUUGCUGGGGAGGUGAAUGCGAGGUUUCCGGAAAUUCAGACCCUAACUGUGAGAAGGUUGUUCGAGAAGUGCUGGUCCGCGUCGGCUUCACAUUAA